GAGUGUCCUGGAAGUCCUUUUUAAUUCCUAUGUAUGAUUAAACAUGAGUUUUGUUGUUUGCAGUUUGUGUGUUUCCAGUCUUCCUGCACCAGUCGUUCCUUCAUCUCUGCUGCCAUGCUGUGUCCUGUGCUGCUCUGUGCCGCUCUGCUCCUCCUGACGCCCCUGGACAUCACAGAGGCUCGCGCUCUGCAUCCCUCCACCGAUGCCGCGCAGUUUAUGGAGCAGUUUCUGGAACGCUACAAUGACCUUUUGACCCUGGACGACCUGGAGAACCUGUUAAACAGCCAACGAGAGGAGCAGUCCACCUUCUCCUCCGGGGUCAAAGCGGCCGAGUCCCCCAAAUUGGCCGACGCGCAAACGCAGCCCGAGACCCCCUGGCUGCGCCUGCUGAAGGGCGCCCUGGCCAAUCAGAAGCGUGCAGAGCCGGAGCGCUCACGGCGGGGAUGGAACCGGGGCUGCUUCGGGCUGAAGCUGGACCGGAUCGGAUCCAUGAGCGGACUGGGCUGUUAG